AUGUCGGCCCCCAAAGAUGCUAGCCCCUCCUCCUCCGGCUUGCCAAAGCUCCCUGCUGUCCCAACGUCGGAACCUCCUGUUGUCAAUUCCGGUUCAUCUUCAAUGACCACUCCCGGUCUCAUCCCACCACCGAAAGAGACAUGGGUAGCACUGCGAUCAUAUGUUGGCCAGCCAGUUACGGCGUCAUUCAUUGCUGGAGGAGUUGCUGGCGCUGUCAGUAGGACUGUUGUCAGUCCUUUGGAGAGGUUGAAGAUCCUCUUCCAAGUACAAGGACCCGGAAAUCAAUCCUAUCAGGGCGUGGGUCCGGCAUUGAUGAAAAUGUGGAGAGAAGAAGGAUGGAGGGGAUUCAUGAGAGGUAAUGGAACCAAUUGUAUCCGAAUCGUACCAUACUCUGCCGUGCAGUUUUCCAGCUAUGGUAUUUAUAAAAAGUUACUACUUCCAGAGGGUUCAAACGAUCUUGGGACUUUUCGUCGACUCACUGCUGGUGCAAUGGCUGGCAUCACCUCCGUCGUCGCCACAUACCCACUAGACAUCGUGCGGACACGUCUCUCAAUUCAGUCUGCUUCCUUUGCAAGCCUAGGGAGACCUGACACAAAGCUACCCGGAAUGUUUGCAACCAUGAAGUUAAUGUACCGCGCCGAGGGUGGUAUGGUUUCACUCUACAGAGGCCUUGGGCCAACACUUGCUGGGGUUGCCCCAUAUGUCGGGAUUAAUUUUGCGACUUAUGAGGCUAUGCGGAAGUUCAUGACCCCCGAGGGCGAGCAGAAUCCCUCUGCUUUAGGGAAAUUGGCUGCCGGGGCCAUUUCGGGAGCUGUUGCGCAGAGCGUCACAUAUCCUUUUGAUGUGCUCCGUCGGCGAUUCCAGGUUAACACAAUGUCCGGUAUUGGAUAUCAGUACAAGGGGCUGUGGGAUGCCAUUACAAUCAUUGUUAAAGCCGAAGGUCCUAAAGGAUUAUAUAAAGGGCUGUUGCCUAAUCUAUUGAAGGUUGCACCCAGCAUUGGUAGUAGCUUCUUGAGUUUUGAGAUUGCCAGAGACCUCUUGCUUGGCUUUGGUGGCACCUUAUAA